AUGGAUGUUGGCAAUGGCCGAAGCACCCUGUUUUGGGAAGAUACUUGGCUACAGGGUGGGCCUCUGAAAGUGUCACUUCCAAGGCUCUACUUGGUGUCAAAUCAACAAGAAACUGUGAUAGGGGAUUGUGGAUUUUGGGAUGGCUUCGAGUGGAUAUGGAAUUUCCAGUGGAGACGGGAGUUAUUCCAGUGGGAGCUGGAACUCCUACAUCAGCUGCAUGAGAGGCUAAGACCUGUGAAGAUGUCAAUUGGUAGAGAGGAUAACGUGGUUUGGAAGUUUGAUAGUAAAGGCAUUUUCUCAACGAACUCUUUUAUGAAGAUUCUACAUUCAGAGACUCUGCCAGAUGAGAUAACAAGCUACAGUUUCACAAGUGCCAUCUGGAGAGGAGUGGUACCUCCGCGAAUUGAACUUUUUGGAUGGUUUGUACUGGUUGGUAGAGUUAAUACUAAAGACAGGCUGAGUAGGCUUGGUGUGAUAGUUCACAGUGAUAAUAUUUGUGUACUUUGCAAGAAGGAGGUAGAAUCCGUCCAGCAUUUAUUCCUACUUUGUGAAGUAACAUGGCAAGUGUGGUGCAGUUGGCUGAGCUCCGUUGGUCAAGUGUGGGAUACUCCUGAAACUAUAAGAGAACUGUUUGAAAAGUGGAUUGGCGUACAUAGGCGUAAACAUGAGAGGAGGCUAUGGCUGGCUGGGUUCUUUGCAGUGAUUUGGAACAUCUGGUUGGAACGUAAUGCUAGGAUUUUCAAGAAUGAGGUUUCAGGUGUUGAGAUAUUACAGAGAAGGACAAUUCUAAGCUAUUCAGAUUGGACUGGCAGUGAUCUAGGUGAUGGUUGCUGA